AUGUAUUGGCAGGUUGGCAAUGGCUUUCAGCUGCUCAACUCCACCGACCACGCGCACAUCCUGAAAAAGCACGGCCGUGACUCGCUCAACAUCCGGCCUGACAUUACCCAUCAGUGCCUUUUGAUGCUGCUGGAUAGCCCCUUGAACAAGGCUGGACUGCUGCAAGUCUACAUCCAUACGGCCAAGAACGUGCUCAUUGAAGUUCACCCCCAGUGCCGUGUUCCCCGUAUCUACAGCCGCUUUAGCGGUCUCAUGGUACAACUGCUCCACGAUCUUAGCAUUGCCGCCAAGGGCUCAUCCCAAAAGCUCCUCAAGGUCAUCAAGAACCCCAUCACCGAUCACCUCCCCACCGGUUGUCUCAAGAUUGGCACCACGUACCAGGCCAAAAAGCUAGUGCGCGCGCGCGAUUUCGCCACCAAGAAUGCCAUGGAUAAGCCCGUCUGUGUGGUCAUUGGUGCUAUUGCCCACGGGCAGCUCGACGUGCCCUGGAUCACCGAAGAGAUUGCCGUGUCCGGCUAUGCCAUGUCCGCGGCUGGCGUUUGUGGCAAGCUCACAGAUGGCUUUGAGGAGGCAUGGGGAGUACACUAA